CCGGUCAAACCCAAGAAUCAUGCCGCAGCUCAGAGUCCUCAUCGUGGGCGCAUCGAUCGCCGGCCCAACAGCGGCCUACUGGUUCGCCCGAGCCGGAGCCAAGGUCACCGUCAUCGAGCGGUUCCCGCACCUGCGCACCAACGGCCAGAACAUCGACAUCCGGACCGUGGGCGUGACGGUGAUGCGACGGAUGCCCGGGAUGGAGGAGGCGGUGCGGGCCAAGACCAUCCCGCUGGCGGGCAUCGGCUUCGUCCGCUCCAACGGCCGCCCGUACGGAAUCAUCUCCACAACCGGCGACCCCGACCAGCAGUCUCUCGUCUCCGAGUACGAGAUCUACCGAGGAGACUUAUCCCGGAUUCUAUACGACCGCACCGCGUCACAUCCCAACAUCACUUAUAUCUUUGGCGAACAGGUCGCCUCGAUCCAGCAGCACGGCGAGAAAGGCGAGGAUAGCCCCGUGACGGUCGAGUUUGCCAACGGCUCCCCUGCAGCGGAAUUCGACCUUGUCGUGGCCUGCGACGGGGCGACUUCGCGGACCCGCGCGAUAGGACUCGGGGUCGGCGUGCGGGAUCACCUCGUUCCGACCGGUAGCUGGGCGGCGUACUUCUCCAUCAAGCAAGAUCUCCUGGGAACGAGUGAUAACAUCGGGAAAGCGUACAAUGCUGUCGACGGGCGCUUCAUCGCCGCUGCGCCCGACCCCUGGGGCGUGAAUCGCGUGGUCAUGAUCAAGCACCAGCCACCAUCCCACGGCAGAGAUGCCACUAAGUCGUUCCGGGAGGCGAUGAAACAGGGCGAGGAUACACUCAAGAAAUUCGUGGCGCAGACCUACCGCGGCGCCGGCUGGAAGUGCGACGAGGUGAUCCAGGACAUGAUGGAGGCGGAGGACUUCUACGCCAGCGAGAUUGUGCAUGUCAAGCUGCCACACUUGUCGAAGGGACGGUUUGUGUUGGUCGGGGAUGCCGGGUACGCCGCUUCGACGGGCACCGGGACAAGUCUUGCCAUGGCGGGGGCGUACGUGCUGGCGGGGGAGGUUUUCAAGCACAAGGGCGAUCUCGCGGGUGCCCUGCGGGGGUAUGAGGACGUAAUGCGGCCUCUGAUUGAUGACAUGCAGAAGGUGCCCCGGUUUCUUCCGGCGAUUUUCACACCGCAGACGGCUUGGGGGCUGUGGCUGAGGAAUACGGUGUUUGCUUUCUUGUGUUGGAGUGGGAUUCUGGAACUCACGCAGAGGUUCUUUGCGGGGUCUUUUGCCAAUACUGAUAGGUAUCAGUUGCCGGAGUAUGAAUGGGAGGAGUAGACACGCGCGUGGGAUGGUUGGAUGAUGGCGGUGUUUAAUUAAUUUAAGGUCCUCGCAACUCGGACAGAUAUCCCCCCAAAACUGCACUUUGCUUUGUGGAUGUGGGAACAGUCGAAG